AUGUCGACUUCGACAUUGCAACUUCAGGCGAGCCUGGAUCGGUGGUCAGCGAGGCUGACGUCGCUACCCAGCAUUGCUCUUCCUACUGACUAUCCAAGGCCAGCAACUUCACAACUCGUACAGGCGCUUGCCUCGUCGACUCUCUCAUCGGCAACAAGAAAGGAUCUCGUGCGUCUUGCGUUUCACCACGAGCUUGACCUGCAUCCUGCGGAACAUGCCGAAGAUGAGGACGACGACAACGCGAGCCCCACGCCCUUCCAUCUCCUCCUCGCUGCCUUCUGCGUGCUCCUCCACCGAUACACCGGUGACACGGACCUCGUCAUCGGCUCGUCCAACCCUUAUACGGGCGAACCCCUAAUUCUUAGGAUCCCAAUCGAGCCAAACGAUCCGUUCUGGCAGAUUGUCCGACGUAUUCAGCAGGUCGAGAAGGAAGCUGCCGCUGAUGCUGUUCCCUACGACGAAAUCGUCAAGCGGGUCGAGGCCGAACGCGCUGAGCGGGAAGGUCCUCUUCCUGAAGGUGUGCAGAGCGCACCCAUCUUCCGUGUUCGCUUCUUUGACGAGACAGGCGGCAAAGCUCGCAACUUUAUGCAGUCUACCUCGCUCACUACGGACCUCACCGUAUUUUUGACCAAGCCAGGAGCUACACCUGGCGACGACUCUGUGCAGCAGCCUAUACCUGCAGAGUCUGUAACACCGUCGGGUGGUGCAAGUGCACCUCACACCUUCCGUGAUUCGCUCGUGCCCAACAUUGCGGUGCAUCUCUCGUACAACUCGCUGAUCUUCUCGUCACAGCGUAUGCAGCUCGUUCUGGCGCAACUGUCUCAGCUUAUCUCUGUAGCUGCCGCCAACCCUGCUUCACCUGUUGGCAGCCUUCCGAUCCGAACCCCACAGGAGAACUCCUUUCUUCCGGAUCCCACCAAGGAUCUCGAGUGGUGUGGAUGGAGGGGCGCCAUCACUCAGAUCUUUGAACGUAACGCACGUGCUCAUCCAGACCGUCGAUGCAUUGUCGAAUCGCUCUCCGACGAACCUAACUCGCUUUCCGAGCCAUGUGCACCUGCAAGCCGCGUUCGCGAGAUCAGCUACGCUCAGUUGGAUCGCGCUUCUAACAUUGUUGCCCAUCACCUCCUUCAAGCAGGUGUUCAACGCGAGGAAGUGGUUACCACCUAUGCUCACCGUGGUGUCGAUCUCGUCGUGGCGGUGCUUGGAACCCUCAAGGCAGGCGCGACAUUCAGUGUGAUCGACCCUGCUUACCCACCGUCGCGUCAGAACAUCUAUUUGCAGGUCGCCAAACCGCGCGCAUUGAUCGUGCUCGCCAAGGCCGGAACAUUGCAGCCAUCGGUUCGCAAGUGUAUUCAGGAUGAGCUCGAGCUGCGCACCGAGAUCCCUGCCCUCGAACUGCUCGCCGAUGGAUCAGUGCGAGGUGGUGCACCGUCACAGGGAGCUACCGACACGCUUGCUCAGCAGCAGUCCUUGGCCGGUGAUAGCACUAACGUCAUCCUCGGCCCCGACAGCGUCGGCACGCUUUCCUUUACUUCCGGCUCCACCGGCAUUCCCAAGGGUGUGAAGGGUCGUCACUUUUCUCUCACCCACUUUUUCCCCUGGAUGGGCGAGCGCUUCGGUCUGGGAGCGCACGAGCGAUUCACCAUGCUCUCGGGUAUCGCUCAUGACCCUAUCCAACGAGAUAUUUUCACGCCGCUCUUCUUUGGUGCCGAGCUGCACAUCCCCACGUCGGAAGACAUUGGCACUCCUGGUCGUCUUGCAGAAUGGAUGGCUGCCAGCAAAGCUACAGUGACGCACCUGACCCCUGCCAUGGGACAACUGCUAAGCGCCCAAGCUACGGCGCUGAUUCCUUCGCUUCGCAACGCAUUCUUCGUCGGCGAUGUGCUGACCAAACGGGAUUGCACCCGUCUACAAGCGCUGGCUGCCAAUGUCUGCAUCAUUAACAUGUACGGCACUACCGAGACCCAGCGUGCCGUCAGCUACUUUGCCAUCCCUCCGGUGAGCACGUCGUCCACGUUCCUACAGACACAGAAAGAUAUUAUGCCCGCCGGUCAAGGUAUGAUCAACGUGCAGCUUCUCGUUGUCAACCGCAACGAACGUACUGCCACAUGCGCCGUAGGUGAGGUAGGCGAGAUCUAUGUGCGAAGUGGAGGGCUGGCCGAGGGCUACCUCGGCCCUCCCGAGGUCACCGCGGAAAAGUUCAUGCCCAACUUCCUGGCACCCAAGCUAAGCUUCCCAGACACAAUCAAAGAGAAGCCCGAGGGGCAGUUCUGGAAGGGCAUCCGUGACCGCAUGUACAAGACUGGUGAUUUGGGUCGAUACCUUCCGGACGGCACCGUCGAGUGCACUGGCCGUGCGGAUGACCAGAUCAAAAUCCGUGGAUUCCGUAUCGAGCUUGGUGAAAUUGACACGCAUCUGUCGCGCCACCCGCAUGUUCGCGAGAAUGUCACGCUGGUUCGUCGCGACAAGGACGAAGAAAAGGUGCUGGUCUCGUACUUUGUGCCUGGACCUGGUGCUGCCGAGUUUGAGGAGCUGGUCACCGAGGAUGACGAGGGGGCUGCUGCUGCGGGCGGCAAGGCUGCGCGUGAUGCCAUGUUGGUCAAGGGCAUGCGACGAUACCGCGCGCUCAUCAAGGACAUCCGCGACCACCUCAAGAGGAAGCUCCCCGCCUACUCGGUGCCCACGCUUUUCGUGCCAUUGAACAAGAUGCCACUCAACCCGAACGGCAAGAUCGACAAGCCUGCACUACCCUUCCCCGACACUGCCAUGGUAGCAGCAGCCGGGUCUGGCAGUUCUUCAACCAAGGGCGGUGCCGACGCAGUCGCUGCUUUGGCGUCUGCCACGCCUACAGAGAAAUCAGUCGUCGAGCUCUGGUCGCGUUUGCUGCCCAACGCUCCUACUCCCAUCCCGCUGGACGAGAGCUUCUUUGACCUGGGUGGCCACUCGAUUCUGGCCACACGACUGGUGUUUGAAAUGCGCAAGCAAUUUGUGAUUAACGUGCCGCUCGGUGUCGUUUUCGAUGCACCUACUGUACGUGGUCUUGCCAAGGCUGUUGACCAGCUGCGCCAGGCCGACCUUGGCCUCGGUGCUACGCAGAACAGCGGAGCGCCUGCUUCGACCAAGCGCACUGAGGAAACCAACUUGGACGAAAACUAUGGCGCGGAUGUGGCCACGCUGACACCCAGUCUGCCCGAAUCGUUUGCCGGUGACAAGGUUCGAAGCGCUGCCGAGGGACCUCGAACAGUGCUUGUGACGGGUGUAACUGGUUUCCUUGGUGCCUUUAUUUUAUACGAUCUGUUGACCAAACGCUCGUCCAGUGUCGCCAAGGUGUAUGCGCACGUGCGUGCCAAGGACGAGGCUAACGCGCUGGAGCGACUUCGUGAAGGGUGCAAGGGCCGAGGAAUCUGGGACGAUCGAUGGGUGAGCGAGGGCAAGCUUGAGGUGGUUCUGGGAGACCUGGCGGCGCCUCAGCGGCUGGGCAUGUCCGAGACGGUAUACGCCAAGCUCGCUGACGAGGUGGACGACAUUCUGCAUAAUGGUGCCCUUGUACACUGGGUGUACCCUUACAGCAAGCUGCGCGCUGCUAACGUCGGCUCUACAAUCUGCGCCAUGAAGCUUUGCAAUGCGGGCAAGAAGGCCAAGACUCUGACGUUUGUUUCGAGUACCUCUGCUCUUGACACGGACCACUACAUUCGUCUUUCGGAUUCUAUCCUCCACGGCCAGGACGCUGUCCAGGCUGGCUCAGCAACACAGCUCCACGGUGUGCCUGAGACGGACGACAUCGAAGCCAAUGUCAAAGGUCUCACCACCGGCUACGGACAGUCCAAGUGGGUGGCUGAGAAGCUCAUCAUGAUUGCGGCUUCGCGCGGGCUCAAGGCCUCGAUCGUUCGACCUGGUUAUGUGGUUGGUGAUUCCAAGACAGCCGUAACCAACACGGAUGACUUCCUGUGGCGUCUUGUCAAAGGCUCGAUCCAGCUGGGACUGAUCCCGGAUAUGCACAAUUCGAUCAACAUGGUUCCUGUCGACCAUGUUGCACGUAUCGCCGCGCUGGCCUGUCUCAACAACGCCAAAGAGCUCGAGACGAUCAACAAGACGGCCGGUACGAACGCCAAGGUGUUCCACGUGACAAAUCAUCCAGGCAUUCGAUUCAACGACAUGCUCGGACAACUCAGUCGGUACGGCUGGAAGGUGGAGCAGACCGAGUACGUGCACUGGCGUGCGAGGUUGGAGGAGCACGUGCUGAGCAGUAGCUCGGGCUCAGUUGAAGACAAUGCGCUAUUCCCGCUGUUGCACUUUGUGCUGGACGAUCUUCCGACGUCAACCAAGUCGCCAGAGCUGGAUGACCGUCACACACAGGCGAUUCUGGACGCCGCUUCUGAAGGGCAGGCGCAAGGUACGGUCAUGGGCGUUGACCGAUCGCUUGUGGCAACGUAUCUCGCCUGGCUAUUGGCGGUGGGCUUCUUGCCGACGCCCUCGUCGAGUGGGGCCCAAGAUUUACCUAAGCUCGCCAAGAUCGAUACUGAGAUGAAGGCGAUCGGACGUGGAUCCGCCAACUGA